CAGCACCCUCUCGCUCGCUCGCGCUCCUCCCGAACUCCGCGAGUUUCUUUUCGGACUCGCCCCCCCCCCCCUCUCUAUUUUCCAUCUUAUUCGCGACGGUAGAAGAGGGAGCAAAUGGCAUCGAAGCUGCACCAGCUUCGGUCCAAGGCUGUUCAAACCUCAGAGUUUGUGGCCAAGCAUGGAUGCGCCUACUAUAAAGAGCUAAUGGAGAAAAACAAGAAAUAUGUUGUGGAUCCGCCCACCAUUGAGAAGUGCCAAGAACUGUCAAAACAGCUAUUUUACACACGUCUUGCCAGCAUUCCUGGCCGAUACGAGGCAUUCUGGAAGGAGCUUGAUGGUGUGAAGCACAUUUGGAGAAACAGGAAUGAGCUUAAGGUUGAGGACGCUGGCAUUGCAGCUCUGUUUGGGCUUGAGUUGUAUGCAUGGUUCUGUGUUGGUGAGAUCGCGGGAAGAGGAUUCACUUUCACUGGUUACUAUGUCUGAGCAAACAACUACCAUGAUUGAAACACCACUUUCAGGCUUAACUAUUUCAGAUUUACGGUCCUUGGGGUGAUUGAGUUUAUGACCUCAUUUUUUACAUGCAAAAUUUUGUCUUAUAAAUUUUUGAAGCUGGUGGUCAGCAAGACGGGCAUCAUCAACUUAAUAAUUUGUCGCCUUGCCUGUGUUCUGGGUGUUAUAUGAAUUGACUUCUCGUACAAUAUUUUAAUCUCUUACAUGAAAAGAAAUCUA